AUGCUGAUACUGGCGGUUAUUGGCAUAUUGUGUGUCAGUGUGGAGGGAGAGCUGCUUGGGGACGAGUUGGCUCAAUUGGUGGAGGAGAGGAGAGAGUUUUCAUCGGCCGAUCCUCUCGCCUACUCGAUCCCGUUCAUCGUACUCAAGGGCGUGCUCUCGGGCACGUCGGGGUUGCUGGUAUAUGCAUUGGUUAUGCGCUACCGAAUUGUGUGCAAGAUCAAGACCAUGGCGAAGCAAUUGCCACCUGAUGCUACUUUUUUCAGUGCGUACUCGGGACUUCGAAGCCAAUUUUUGCUUGAAGUGCUAGUGUGUUUGGCGCACAUGCCACUGCUAAGCGCCGAUCGUCAAAUCUGGCGGUGGGGAGAGUACGACGUCUUAUGCCUUGAUCAACUGGACGUAGUGGUCUUUACUCGCAUUUAUUUGCUUGGUCGAGUGUUGCGAAACCAUUUCGGCUUGAAUUCUCUGUCGCAUGAGGCGCGCUUGAUUAGCUCCAUGAAUCAGAUCGAUUUAUCAUCGAUCUGGCUUACGGUCAAGUUUUCCUUCCAGAAAUUCCCAGUCGAGUCGGCGUUGACUCUAUUGGGGAUCGACUGGUUUAGCACUUCGGCAGCGUUGAACUUCUUUGAACGGGCGAGUAAUCCGACGGAGACGAACGCUAGCGACGCAUUCUGGCUCACGAUUGUCACCAUCACUGGCGUCGGCUACGGCGACACGUUCCCGUGGACUCUGGGCGGCAAGAUCGUCGUCGCAAUCGGGGGCAUCAUCGGUGGCAUGGUCAUCGCGUGUCUGUUGCGGGUCGUCCUCAUCGACGCCCUGCAGCUCUCCCCACGAGAACAAACGGUGCUGGACGUCGCGCGCUUCUAUCGCUACGUCCGCCAGCGCAAAGAGAGCGCCGCCGUGUUGGUGCAGCAAGCCUGGAAGUGGCACCGCGCGAAGAGCACCAGUAAAAGACGCGCUCGCAGCCAGAAGACGCGAUUGUAUGCAGCCGCGGACGCCUUCCGUCUGCUGCGGUUCGCGCAGCCACCGAGCCUGGCUGGCGACAGCUACGCUUCGUCGUCGCUCUCAGCAGCGAGCAUGACCGACGUCGUGGCCAAGCGGACCGAGCGGCUACGAGAACGCAUCGACGAUCGCCGCCGUCGCAGCUGUAGCCAACUCAAGCAGACUGCAAACCUCCUCCGGUCGGUUGCAGACAGCUCGUAG